GGAGUCGUAUCAGUGUGUGUUAUUGUGCAGAUGGACUGGUGUGUGUGUGUGUGAGCGUGGAGAGCACAGCUGAUUUGUCUCCAGCAGCGCUGCAGUACUACUGUGGAUCUAUAGAGUAGCCUCAGAAAAAAGAAAACCCCACCCACUUGCAGGCCAUGCCCCGCCCGGCUGACACAGAGGCCACGCCCCACUCCCUCAGCCACACCCACAACGCCCAGAGCACAGAAACCCAACGUGGCCCCUAAGCCUGUGCACCUGCUGACCCCCGAGAGCCAGGGUCCCGUCUGAAGGUUCAUCCAGGGCUUCCACAGCUCCAGGUUUCUGAGUCUCCGGCGGAGGAACUGGCAUGGAUCCUCCAGCCUCUCGAGAGCCGGACGCCAGCGGUCAGUCCCCACCGGUGCCUGAGGAUGGACUUACAUUUAAAGAAUGUGAAAUCUCUGAGCUUUUGAGAUUGUCCAGCUUAAACUCCUUCCCGACGGACUCAGCCAGUGACGCGGUGAUUACAGAUGAACUUCAGAAAGAGCAUCAGAGACACUCCAGUAGCGGUUUGGAGAAUAAUCACAGUGACUCAGACGCCGAGCGUCGUGAAGGGAGCAGCAAGCAUGGAGACGGUGAGCAGGAGCGGCCGCAGGGUCACGAGGGGACGGAGGCAGACGGGAAGAUCCCCAACCGGGACAGCGGCAUCGACAGUCCCUCCUGCGGGGGAGAGGGCGAGGGCUUCCCGAACGAGGAGCCCAUCGAGGAGGAGGACAGGAACGACAGCAGCACCACAGAGACAGAGUCAUGUGUCACCGCCGGAAACAAACGGGACUCCACGCAGGACGAGGACAGUGACCUGGACGAGGGGAGCUGUGAAGAUCCUGAGGGUCUGCCGUCUGAGUCGCAGAAGUUGUUGAACAUUGCUAAAGAGUUGCUUCAGACAGAAGAGGCGUAUGUCAAAAGACUCAACCUGCUGGACCAGGUGUUUUGUGCCCGUCUGACGGAGGCUGGUAUCCCUGCUGAGGUCAUCACAGGAAUCUUCUCCAACAUCUCCAGCAUCUAUCUGUUCCACCAACAGUUCCUGCUGCCUGAACUACAGACACGCAUCACAAAGGAGUGGAGCUGUAAUCCACGCAUAGGGGACAUCCUGCAGAAGCUGGCCCCGUUCCUGAAGAUGUACGGCGAGUAUGUGAAGAACUUCGAUCGUGCCAUGGAGCUGGUGAGCACCUGGACACAGCGCUCGGCUCAGUUCAAGAGCGUGGUCCAGAGCAUCCAGAAGCAGGAGGUGUGUGGGAACCUGACACUGCAGCAUCACAUGCUGGAGCCGGUGCAGCGGAUCCCACGCUAUGAGCUCUUACUGAAGGACUAUCUGAAGAAGCUGCCCACCAGAGCCCCAGACCACAGAGAUGCACAGAAUGCUCUGGAGCUGAUCUCCACCGCAGCGAACCACUCCAACGCUGCCAUCAGGAAAAUGGAGAAGAUGCACAAGCUGUUGGAGGUGUAUGAGAAGUUGGGUGGAGAGGAGGACAUCGUUAAUCCAGCUAAUGAAUUCAUUAAAGAAGGCCACUUGAAGAAGAUGUCAGCUAAGAACGGCAGCGCACAGGACCGAUACCUCUAUCUGUUCAAUAACAUGAUGCUGUAUUGUGUGCCCAAGCUGAGGCUGAUGGGACAGAAGUUUAGCGUCCGAGAGCGAAUCGAAAUCGCAGGGAUGGAGGUUCAGGAAAACGUCAAGCAGAACGUCUCUCACACUUUCACCAUCAUCGGAAAACAGCGCUCGCUCGAGCUGCAGGCCAGGACGGCUGAGGAGAAGGACGACUGGAUAAAAGUGAUCCUGGCCACGAUUGAGAAGCACAAGCAGAACAGUGAGACGUUCAAAGCUUUCAACACCUCCUUCAGCCGUGAUGAAGAGCACACGCCUGACACGCCGGGCCAGUGUACGAGUACAUGUGAGGCAGACGGAGCUCAGCACGAGAGGAAGAGCUCAAAGAAACGAGAGAAGGAGAGAGAAACAUGCAAAGUCUGCAGCGAGGCCUUCCACUUCACCAAGCGCAAGCACCACUGCAAGAGCUGCGGCGCGGCCGUCUGUGGGAAGUGUUCGAAGGUGUCUGAGAGCAAGAACAGCCGCGUGUGUAAGCCGUGUUUUGAAGGGCUGCAGGGAGCUGAAGGGACAGCAGGGGGCAGCACUGAGCCCAAGAGAAAACUGGAGAAGCAGCUGUCAGUUGCUCAGUCUUCUCAACGGACAGGAAGAGGAGAGGAGUUGGAACAAGAGCUGGGCGGCCAUCACUGAAGCACAGCUUUACCAGCAAACCAGUGCACAGGUCUCUCUGGCUGACAUCAGUGACAUGAGAAGAAGAACGAAUUCAAGAAUCGGAAUGGAGCUCCUGUCACAUGCUGUAAAGGGAGGAGCCAACAAGAUGUCAGUCACAGCCAGAGCCAAUAGGAUGCUCUCCUUCUCCCCCUUUAUAAAGAACUCCUGUUACUUGAAAUCACUUUAUCCUCAGCACUUUUUCACUCUUUCUUUUGAGAUAUUUUUUUAAAACCUUCACACAAUCAUUGCUCUUUCAGCAGCACUCACACAUUCACACCGUCGCGCCUUCAUUGAGUGCGAGAGUGACUGUUUGUCAAUGCACUGUUCACAUCUGCUUGUGUUGCACUCCAUGAAGAUGUUGAGAAUGUCUAGAUAAUGUUACGAUGAAUGUUUUUGCCUUUCAGAUGAGUUCUUAGUAAAAAGCAUUAAGUGGCUGUUCUUGUGAUGCACUGUCAGUUCACAGCUGUAUACUUCCUUUAGUUUUUUCUUUCUGAUUUUAAAAGAUGACAUGAACUGAAGCAGAGGAGAAAGCACAUAAAGCACAUCAUAUUUUACUCAAAAUCAAAAGAAAAAAAGGAUAUUUUGCAUAAAAGAAGCAAUUUUUUUUAUCUUCCGUUAUUUUCAUGGUAAUUUAGCAUAUUUCACAUCAAAUUCUCAUAAAUUCUCAUUUUCUUCAUGCAUAAGAAAAAUAAUGAUAUAUUUCAAAUGCCUAGUGUCCAUACACCGUGGUUGAAUUAGUUGUAUUGCCUUUAAAAGUUGUAUUGAUGUAAAAAAGUACAUUUUGACAAUUUUGACAGUAAUGAGAGUGUAAUUAGAAGUAAAUCACCACUGAGAAUGAGGAAAAGUUAAGCAUCAGCACACGUUACAGGAAUAAAAAUGAGAUGUUUUUAAUAUCACCAUGAAUAUACUUGUCAGAAUGUAAUGGUCCUACAAUGGCUUUAUUUUUCACAAUGCUUAAUUGUUCUUUGGUUUUUUUGAGUAUACCCGGUUUCGUAUUCACAACAUUGACUCACACGUCUCACGGAGCGUUCAUAAACUCAAGAGGAUACACAGCUUUAUUGUUUAAGGGCAGAUUACUGUGGCAGGCCACUUAAUAUUAUAGAUUUUCACUUUAGACUUUUCAGGUAAAGGUUUGGAUGAGAAAAGUUGGUUCAGGAACAGAGGGAAACCCAAUCCUUUAGCUCUUCACACCCAUUCACCUACGGCACACUUCUCUUUUGUGUAAAGCUGUAUGGUGACUGCAGCAGAAGUACUGUACGCCUGCACAGUCUGUGUGUCUGGAGGUUGAUCAUGGUCAGUAUGUAAUGAAUGAUCUUUAAACAUUGCAUUUGCUUCCCUUUUAAUAUUGUUUGAACCAUUGAAACAGAACCAGUAUUGUUAUGUGUAAAAGCAUGUCUUUAAAUAAAUGAGUAUCUGGUCACCCGUG